CGACUGUUAUCAGAAGCGGACGUAUCGUGCGCGCACUAUUUAAACAAUGAACAUUGUGAUUUAAAACCCAAAUUGAAAAUGCCGAUUAAAGUGACUUUGGUGUCUCCACGGUCUAAAAUGGCCGUAAAAGUGAGUUCAACGGUGUCGGUAAACUCUGAGUUUGAAUAUUUAAAUCUGCCGGCUAAAAAUGGAAAAUCCUGGAAAAAUGAAUCCAACAAUAAAAGCCAUCCCUCCCUUACCCCGCCUGCCCGGGCCGCCCGAUUGCCCGCCCCCCAGCGACCACCCAAAUCUAGUUUGCAUUUAAACGAGUGCUGGAGCAAUUGUGAAACCCUGAGGGUUGAGUGUUCUCCUAUUAAUAAAGUGGAAGGAGGAGAGUUUAAGAACUUCUGUGAGAAACCAUCCUUACGGAGCUCCCAGUCCAGGGAUAGCUUGGUUUCGGAGAAAAAUCAGGCUCUAGAAAAACUAAAAGUUUUUCAAGAUUCGUAUUCUGCGAAACGUCAAGGUUCGGCUGAGAUGGUUCAAAGGGCGGAACCACAGAAACCGGUUAAAAAACAUUCGCCGUUCAUCACAGUGAAUCCAAACUAUAGAUCUCUAUCGCCCUCGCCUCCGCCGCCCCCAAGAUUGUCUCCACCAAGAUGUUCAUCGCCGAUUGAAUCAUUUCCACCUCCUCCUUCAAACAAUACAUUAAAACGACUAUCAAGUUACAGAAGGUCGGAGCGAGAUAGGAGACAGGAGAAGAAAGACAAGAGACUCCGAGAGACGGAAGAAAGGAGAAGAAGAGAGAAGGAGAUGAAUUCAUCCUUGCCUUGUGAACCUUCCUCACCAUCCAGGCAUGCUGCUUCACAGGGUGCUGCUCCUGGAUGGCAAAAAUUCCUGGGACGAAAUACAGGAAGAUCUGUCUCUGUAAACCUAACCCAGGAGGAGGCAAACCUUAUCCGAGAGCGGAGAAGGAUUUCCUCCAAGAACCUGGCACUGGCUGCUGUUUUCGAACCCACCCUGAGCGAACCGGUUGCCCAACCCAGAGUAGAACCAGUUUCCCAACCAAGAACAGAACCUGGUUCCCAAGUAUCUUCUUCUUCAGAUCUUGAAGCUAGAGUAGAUACUUCUAAUGAUGAUUUUGAACCCGACUCUUCCUCAAGAAUAUUGUUUGAAAGUUCAGAAUCCUUGAUGGAACCCAGUUUUGAGAAACCAGAACUUUUCAGAAAUUUUAAUAACGAGCUUGCCAGAGAUACAGGUUCCUUUGAGUUUGAUGAUCCUCCUCCCCUCCCUCCUAAACCCAAACAAAAAAUCUCCAUGAUAGGAUCUCCCAACUCAGACCAGUUUAUCGUCAUGGACAACUCUGCUUUGUUUGCUAAGCCGGAGCUGCUUGAACCUAAACGAGACAUGGAGAAACCAGAGUUUAUAAAACAGCAGCUUUCCAGCACGGAGCUUCCUAGGCUUAUCUCCGAGUUCACAUCCCCAGAGCUGCAUAGUCGGAGCGACUCUGGUUUGAGCAGCUUAAGCUCCUGGACCACUGGAGGCAGUGCAGGGACUAGAUCAGGAUGUUCCAGUGUAAGGAGCAGCAGUAUUGUUUCAAACAGCUCCACUAAACUUGAAGAGCUGCUUACUGGACAGAAAAGAAGCAGCUCUAUCGUCUCCUCCUCCUCCAUGAGACUUGAAGAGCUCGAUGAACUCGAGGAACCGAGCGUAAGAAAAAACUCGAAGGUUUUAGAAAAAGUUAAAUAUUUCCAAAUCCGGAGUGAGGACGAGGCUGAGGGGUCAGCUGAUGAGGUUGAUGUUGAUCAAGUUGAAGAGGAGGUUCAGGAAUCUGAUCUUUGUCAAACCUCAGUAGAGAGCGGGGUUCAAAGACAGCUUGCAACAAUCAAACAACAGAAGGAGAAACUGAUCAAGGAGAUCCUAGAGAAUGAGAAGACUGGUCAAGAAAUACAGAGAAGGUUGGAGGAGACUCUAGACUCUAGAGAUCUUGAUAAAUAUUCUCUAUUCCUCUCAGAGCUGGAGAAGGUUGUACUGCUGUUGCUCAGUUUAAUCUCCAGACUUGAAAGAGCUGAGGAAGAAUUAUCUUGUGGAAACCUAACUGAUUGGGCCAAGGAGAAUAUUAGGUAUAAAAGAGACAAGUUGACCUGUCAGCUGACCGAGGCGAAGUUGCUGAAAGAUAUGUCGGACCGGAGACAGGAGCGAGUGGAGAAAAUUCUUCUGAAAAACCUCGGUGAGCCAGUGCUCGCUUCUUUUAAAGAUUAUGUGGCGAGGCGAGAAGAGCUUCUCCGCUCCCAGAAGGCGUGUGAAGAGGCGGAGAGAUCUAUUCUUCCAUCCGCCUAAACAUUUAUCCGCAAAGCAUGAAAUAAUGUUUCCUAUGAUCUCCCCCUGCACACUGAUCUUCCAAACCCAAUUGAGUUUAAAUCAAGAAAAUUUCUGCGCUUUUUAACAGUAAAAUAUCUUUGUACAUAGCGAUACAUAGUAUAUACGCAGAUGUUCAGCUGUUGUUGUACACAAAACACUUAUUUGUUUGUCUCUAGUCACACAUGUAUACUGUGAUAU